CAAAGUGACAAUGUAGAUCCGUUUUUGUCUCAUUACUGCUAAAAAUUUGCAUGAGAUUUAAAAUCCUGGAAAUGGAUAGCAAAAAUAAUGGAGAAGGACGCCAACUGGAGGAUGUGUAUAUUAUUUCAGCUGUACGUACUCCGAUAGGUGGUUAUCGUAAAAUGUUGAAGAGUUGUUCACCGAUGUAUUUAGGAGUUGUCGCGACCAAAGAAGCAAUCAAAAGAGCUGGGCUUUCUCCUAGUGAUAUCGAUGAAACAGUGGUCGGUUGUGUGCUUACUUCAUGUCAUGGGCAGAAUAUCGCUCGACAGAUUUCAAUCAAUGCUGAUAUUCCGGUGACGUCGCCAAGCGUGACUGUCAACAAGGUAUGUUCAUCGAGUAUGAAGGCAAUCAUCAUGGCUACUCAAGCCAUUCAUCUGGGUGAUCGCGAUGUUGUCCUAGCGGCAGGUACUGAAAGUAUGAGUAAUGCUUACUAUGGAGUACCUCGCGGUGACAACAACGACAUGAGUAGUCCUUUUAUAGAUAGUAUGUUUGAGGAUGGUUUAAACGAUGCGUUCACAAAAUUAAGGAUGGGCGUUUGCGCUGAAAAAACCUUCUCCGAAUACUCAAUAAGCCGUAAAGAGCAGGAUGAGUAUGCGUUGGAAAGCUAUCGGCGGGCUCAUCAUGCCUGGAAGGAAGGUUUAUUUGAUGAAGAAGUUGUACCAGUGAAGUGUUUUGAUUCAGUUGAAGUGUUUCAAGAUGAAGAAUAUAAAAGACUGGAUCCUUUGAAGGUUCCUUCCCUGAAACCUGCCUUCAUACCAGAUACAGGAACCAUAACUGCAGCAAACGCUAGCGCUAUUAGCGAUGGAGCAGCUGCACUGUUGAUUGCAAGCAGUAGUUUUGUAGCUCAUCGAGGUUGUCAGCCAAUAGCGCAAGUGUUGGGCUAUGCAGAAGCUGCACUUGAACCGGUGGAAUUUACUCGUGCACCUUCUGUUGCUGUAAAAAGGUUACUUUUGAAAAUUGGCAUUUCGGUGGAAGAAGUUUCCUUAUGGGAAGUAAAUGAAGCGUUUGCUGCGACUGCCAUUGUUUUCUUGCGUGAUAUGGGUUUGGAUAGCAGCCGUGUUAAUGUUCGUGGUGGAGCUGUUGCACUCGGCCAUCCGAUUGGAGCAUCUGGAGCACGAAUAGUUGUGACGUUGAUCCAUGCACUUCAAGUCAAUCAAAUUGGUAUUGCAACAAUAUGUAAUGGCGGAGGUGAAUCGACCGCUGUGGCAGUGAAACGACUAUAAGUAUUGGUAAAAAAAGUUGUAGAAUUCAGUCAUAUUUACAUCAUUAAUUGUACUUUUUGUUAAAACUGAGAAAUGACCUUUAAUAAAGCCUAGCAUUUGAUAUUUCAAGGGCUGCUCUUUAUUAACCACGAUGCUUCUUUCCUCUUUAUAUACUUCCAGUGGUUUCAUGGAAGUGCAGUAAAACUUCUCAUCUGGUGGAUAUAGUUUUUUCCGGUUUUUAAUUUGUACAUUCAGACAUUGCUCAGUUGGAAUUGCUAUGUUUUUGUAAUAUUAUUUCUCGGUGCAAUUCAAAUGAAAUGAAGUCACUAUUGAUCUUUUUAUUAAUGAAAUAAAAAAAGUCGUUGUUUGAGA